UAUGAUUAAAACGGCGAGAUCCACUUUUCCAAAAAAUAAAUCGAAAUAUAGCUAGCGGCGUUUUAAUCAUAACUUUUUGAGGAUAGAUUUUCUAGAGUCCCAAGAGAUCUCAAAAUGCAGAAAAGAGUUGAAAAUUUAAUUUAAGACAUUUGCGAACUGUCUACAAUUUUUCGUUUCGAAGGUUUUAUAGGGACUCCCGUCACGGGAUCCUGCCGGGACUCUCGUGGGACAUUUUUCAAUUUUGUUUAGAUUUUUCGGGGUUUUACUGGGGCUCCAGCGGGAGUUUAUGAAAAAGUCCCACGGGACUUCCGACGAGACCCCGUGACGAGAGUCCAAUGGGACUCUCGCGGGACGUUCUUUCCGGGGGCCUGUUUCUUAAAAAAACUUAAGUAGAAAAUCUUACUUAAGUCAAACUUAAGUCUAAAAAGUCUUUGUCUUUUUUGACUUAAGUAAGAUUUUCUACUUAAGUUUUUUUAAGAAACAGGCCCCGGGACUCCCGCGGGACUUUGGCCGGGAAUCUCGACUAGGGCCGCUACCGAAGUUUUUGGAUGUCCUCGCUGCACAAACUUGCUUUACCCUCAUUAUUUUGAUAAAAUUGACAGUGAAUCUUGGCUUAAACUAACUUUCAUAUUCAAAUUUGGUUGCGCACCUCCGCUGACGAUCCAAAGUUUUAAAUAACUCUUUUAGUCUCCGCUGACUGAACAUUUUUUUCAACCGCCGCCGAUUUUCCGAUCGGCACACACGUCUGGAUAUGUGUACCUGUUGGAAUGGUGUCUGUAAUCAUCGUGCACUAAAAACUCGAAUACUUAGUGUUAUGUUUAACUGUAACUUGUAAUUCGUAAGUUUUUAUAAUAUCACACCUAUGGAGGGCGCAGUAUACCAUAUUCUGAACAUAUCAAGUUCAUCAUAUCAACAAACAAAAAAUGAAAAUGUAGAGGGUAAUGUGCCAGAUAUUCAUUGGUUGCUGUGAAAGACCAUUCAACAUACGAGCAACGAUGUUGACUAGUUGCUAUCUGUUUCAAAAAACCACAGCUCAAGUGGUAUGGGCAGAAUUUUCACCAUAUAUAAAACAUGAAGAAUUCCCAGGGUUCUUGCUUCCACUUCUUCUGAUAUUUAUGGUAAAAUGAAGGAUAUAGCCACAUGAGGCUGGCAUGACUCCAAAUAAAUAAACGGACGAACUAACCCCGAAACAGAAACGAAAUAAAUGUACUUGCCUUUCAGUUUUCAAAUUGCGUAAUUUUUCUCAAUAUUUGAGCUAAACCCAACUAUUCUUUGGUUUUGCAAUAGCUCUAAAUCAAUGUUAUAGAGACUGUUCUUCUAACUAAUUCGAAGUAGAGUUUUUAAUAGUUGGAACUGCAAGAGAAAACGAGUUUUUUUCAUCAAAAUUCGAUUUCUACUUUGAUAAAAGAAAAUUUUACUUCGUCUUUCUCUUUAUCUUUCUUCUGAUCUGCUUUGAUUUCGCCAUAGUAUGUCAUCCCAUUUACUUUGUAAUCCUUAUCCUCAACAACGCUAGGCGAAUUUACUUUUAUUGCUCUACUUCACUCUUGCUCUUUGCUUUUAAAUCGAAUAUUUAGUAUAAAGAGUUGUGAUUUCGAUUUGAAUAAAAAUAACAAAAAGACUAGACCCAAGGUAAAAUUUAAUGCAUAAAAGUGAAAUAAAAUCUCAGACACAAUAAGAUUCUCUCUGAAUGUUACUCCCUAAGUAUUUUUUGUACAUUCAAAUUGUUCACUAUGCAUUUUGUUUUAACGGAGAACACUCACUGAUUAUUUUUCUGUAAUGUAAGAUCUCUAACAAAGUCUAAUUGAUUUUUAUUGUGUUUUUUAGAAUUAAAAUAUAAUUUUGUUUCUGUGUAUGUGAGUGAGACAGACUCGUCGUUUACAGCACAGUUUAAUUCCACUAAAAAUAUUUUCCUUAUCAAAAGUGUCAAAUUUUAAUCAAUAUAAUCAAAUAAAUCUGGACGUUCACAACCAAAUUUUAACGCCAAUCAUUCCGACUAUUGCCGUAUCGGACGAUCAAAAACAACUUAUCCCUAUUGAAAAUACCACUGGCACUACUGAUAAUUUAGUUGAUCAUAAGAAAAAAUCAAGAUGGAUAGCUCCAAGUUCUGUACGUUAUCGUGAAACUCAAAAAACACAAGAAGAUCGACACAAUGAUGUUUUUCGUCGUUGUCGCGGUCUAUUAAAUAAAUUAACACCAGAAAAAUUUGAAAAGCUAACUUUUGAUCUGUUGAAUAUUGGUAUUGAUUCACCAAAUGUAUUAAAAGGGAUUAUUUUAUUAAUAUUCGAAAAAUCUUUAGUUGAACCAAAUUAUUGUGGAUUAUACGCUGAAUUAUGUCGUCGAUUAGAUAAAGAUGCACCGAAUUUCGAACCAUCUGAUUCAAUAAUCAAAACAUUUCGUCGUCUUCUAUUAGCUAAAUGCGAAUAUGAGUUUGAGAAUCGAGCUAAAACAACAACACAAAAUGGUAAUAAUGAAUUUCCUGACUACAGACCGGAACAACACUUAGAUCAACAACAAUCAUCAUUGACGCCCAUCGAAAUGCGUAUAGAAGGAAAGAAAAAAGCUGUGGGAAAUAUAAAAUUUAUCGGCGAAUUAGGUAAAUUAGAUUUGGUAUCCGAAGCUAUUCUACACAAAUGCAUUAAGACAUUAUUAACAAGCAGUAAUAAUGAAAGUUUAAGUGAAAAAUGUGAAGAUUUAGAAUGUUUAACAAAAAUAAUGCAAACAAUUGGUAAAAAACUAGACAACCAACAAGGAAAAAACUUAAUGGAUCAAUAUAUUGAACGUAUUAAAAAACUACAAGCGAAUAAAGAUUUACCAUCUCGUAUAAGAUAUAUAUUGCAAGACGUUAUUGAAUUACGCGAGAAUAAUUGGAGGCAGCGGAUCGCUCUAAAAGAAAACGAAACAAAAUUAACCGGCGAAGAAUCGAUAAACAGGCAAAAACAACAAAUACAACAGCAACAACAACAAGCGAUUUUUUCUUAUCCAUAUGCACUACAAUUUCAAUCAACAUCCGAUAUAAUGUAUCAAAUGCCAAACAGGCCAAUCAGACCUGCACAAAUACAAAAUCAGCGUCCAUACGAUACAAAGUGGUCACAUAUGGCUCAAAGACCUCUCACACAGCUCUCAAUGGCACCUGCACGAUCUCAAGCAGAAAUUACCACCACGAGUACUGGUGGCACCAAUCCUCAGUUAUCGUCUGAUCGAUUUCAGUUCGAACGUUUAUAUCCAAUAUCAACAGACAAUGCGCAACAUUCUCCACAUUAUCAACAACAACAAAGACAGUUCUCAUCGUCAUAUUUUCGUCCUACACAAACAGGAGUAUCAUCAUCUACAUCACCAAAGACAAGAGGCCAACAAAGAAAUGAGAAUAAUUCAAAUCUAAAUCUAAUGAAUCCUUUUGAAACUAGCAAUAAUAUUACCAAUGAUCAUCGUUUAUCGCCAACUACUGUUUCAAAUGGUAAUAAAUCAAAGACGUUAUCUGAUCAAACCAACGGUGACAAACGUCAAACAUCCACGACAGCACCAUCGUCAGCAUGUAAAGCAACAGUCGUGGAUGAGGCCAAUGGUGAUAAUGAAAAUAAAACAAAUCCACAACUGAAACCAUUCGUGCGUCCUUCUCUAAUAACAAAUGUUCCAUUAUUUACACCUGCUUCUCGAAAUUCUGUACCACGUCCCCAAACGCGAGCUAAAGUUUGGUUACCGACUGAUCGCGAAGCGUCUCAAAUGAUUCCUUUACAGUUGGAAAAACCACCAGCGCAUCAAAUCAAUCGAUCACAAACAUCGAACACUUAUCAUAAUACAGAUAUUGUUAAUAAUCAUCCAUUGACAAAACAACAAAGUAAUUUAUCAUCAUUGAUAAAAACAUCGAUACCAUCAACAACAAUCACAGCUCAGUUACAAAAUGUUUCAACCGUUUCUGCUAGUUCAUUGUCAUUAGAAGAAUUACAUGAAAAGUAUGAUACCUAUUUAACAAGUGAAAAUAAUACGGAGACAAUUGUUCAACAAAUACGUCAUUUAAAAUUAUCAAAGAGACAAACAAUUGAAUUUGGCGAAUAUUUAUUGAUAAAAUCUAUCUAUAACCAUAAGAAGAAUAUUGAUUCGCUAUGUAAAUUAUUGCAAGAAUUGUAUAAAAACAGUUUAUUUACAAAUGAUCAAUGUAUCACAGUUAUUUCAAACCUGUUACAAAAAACCAAUGAUCAUGAAAAAGAUAUUCCAUUAUUUAAAUCCGAAUUUUCAUUUAUCUUAGCUAAACUAAUUUCAUCAAGUUUAGAUGAAAAACAAUUAUUUCCACCUAAAAAACAGACACUAUCAUCAUCGAAUUGCCUACUAUCACUGGCGAAUCUAUGUAAAAUUUUGAAAGAUGGCCAAUAUCAUCCGUUAUUUCUAUUACUUUUACAACAAUUACAACAAUUAUAUAAUAAUAAUGAAGUAUACAUGUACAAUUUGUUAGAAAAAUCUAAAAUCAAUAUGAGUGAUAUGUUGCCACUUGAAAAUCGUAAAGAUGAUUUGUUAUUAAAUGUUUUAGAAGACAGACGUUUAGCCUAUUUAUGUCCAUAUUUAAAACUUCGUUGUAAACUCAUUGAGUGCUUGUGUACGAACAUUACUAGUAAUGAAUUAGAAACAAUAAUUGAUGAACAAAUAAUCAGUUAUAAUCAGCAGGAUGAACAAUUUAUUCAAACACUAAUUACAUGUAUUUAUGAAGUAGCCAUUGAUCGUACAACGUUAACAACCACGAAUAUUCAACAACGACCAGAUAAACAGACAUUAAUAAAAGAAAAAGAAGAAAUAGAAAAGUAUCGGCAUUGUUUACAGAAAUAUAUUACAACGAUUGAUCAGCAAGUCCAAGCAUUGUAUGCACUACAGCUACUAGCAUAUAAGAAGCAAUUUCCAAAAGAAUUGUUGUUAAGAUUAUUCAAAUAUUCAUAUGAUCUAGAUAUUAUCGAUGAAGAUGCUUAUUAUACAUGGAAAGAAGAUAUUAACGACGAUUAUCCGGAGAAGGGAAAAGCUUUAUUUCAAGUGAAUCAAUGGAUAAAGUGGCUGGAAGGAGCAGAAGAAGAAUCUGAUUCUGACCCAACAACUCAACAAACGACAACACUAACAAAAUCAAAUGAAAUUUCCCCAAGGAUCAACACAGAUGAGCAACAAAAGAACAAUUAG